AUGACUUUACGAAAAAUUGUGCGAAAUCAAUCAAAAAUGAUCCAAAGACCCUUCAGUGAUACUAAGUAUAUGAAUACUAAUUAUUCUCAAUCUUCACAUUUAAGAGACUUUUUGAUGUUUCCUGGAUACACUCAUGUCAAAGGAAGUGUGCACAAAAUGCAAAGACCCAGAGUAUCAACUAUUUUAUCAUCGGUAGAAACAGGGAGAAGCAAGGCAACAUACUCAAAAAUGAAGUUAAGUAAAAAUGAUCACCAAAAUGAACUUAGAUUGGCAAGAGAUACUUUUUAUAAUGCAUCGGAUGUACCGAGCAAAACAAAUGUGCUAUUUCCUGAUUAUGGGUCGUCAAAUAUAGUAUCAAACAUGAGUAACUCAGGAGAAAUUUUACUGGAAGAAAUAGGUCAAGUACCAUCUUUGAGUAAUUUUCCACAAUCUAAUACAAUUGACAUGAAAUCAGACAAAAAUAUUUUAAUGGAUAAUAACAAUUCAGUUUUACAAAAUGUAUACGAGGUUCAAUAUUCACAACAAGGUUCAAAAACAUUCGAUAUGAAUGCAAGUCUGGCAGUAACUGAAUAUGAUGUUGAUCAUGAUAAGGUAGAUUUUUUUAUAGAAGAACCUGGUAUUGGAAGUCCUUCAAAUCAAACUCAUAACAUACCGAUUUUAACAUACAAUUGCAAAAACAUAUUGCAAGGGAAAGUAGAUAUUGACGCCCAAUACAAGUUUUUGGAAUUUGAUAUAAGUCCGCCGUGGAUAUCAAAAAAACAUUUUUGGAACAAAAUUUAUGAUAAUCGCUACGAAUUUCUAAUGAGAAAUCCAAAUUGGCCACCACUUAAGGUGAUCCUUGUACCUCAUACUCAUGUAGACACUAUUUGGAAAAAACCAUUUCAUGUGUACCACAAGGAGACUGUACAGAAAAUAAUAACAAAUAUGAUUAAGAAAUUGCAAUUUUAUCCCAAUCUUACAUUUACUUGGAACGAAGUGUCUCAUUUAAGUGAAUGGUGGAAAUUCGCAUCACAGAAAAGACGUGUUAGUUUGCGUCGUUUGGUCAGGGAAGGAAGACUUGAAAUUACAACAGGUGGUUGGGUUGAAACUGAUGAAGCUACAUCCAGUCUGUUUGGGAUACUUCAUCAAUUUGUUGAAGGUCACCAGUGGCUUCAUCGUUUUUUAAAGUACAAACCAAAUGUAGCUUGGCUCACGAAUAGUUUGACACAUAGCCCUACAUUUCCAUAUAUUUUAUCAGCAUCUGGAAUUUCAUAUUUGGUUUUUACCAAUGUCCAUUUUGCAUGGGAGCAAUUUUUAGCUGAAUAUCAGCAUAGUGACUUUAUGUGGUUACAGAAUUGGGAUCAUGACAAGACAGCACAUAAUUCUAUAAAUCAAGUUUUGAAUAGAAUUGGAAAAGAUCGAUAUCCAAAGCACAGCUUGCUCGCUCAUUAUUUGCAGUUUAAUUCAGACGGAUUUGAAGCCUGCGGGCCAAGCAAAGACAUUUGUAACGAUGAGUUUAACUUUGCCAAUAAAAUUCUCGACAUAAAUACGUAUAACGUUAAAACUAAAUCUGAGAGAUUGCUGGAACAGUACUCAAAAACAGGAACUAUUUCUCCGCAUAACAUUAUUAUAGCUCCCAUAGGCAAUCCGUAUCAUUACAGCACACAAACAGAAUUUGAUUACCAAUAUAAUAAUUACUUAAGAGUUUCUGACUUUAUCAAUACAAACCAAAAUAUUUAUAAAGCAACCGUUGAGUUUGGUACGCCACUUAGUUAUUUUACUGCAGUUACUGAAAGACAUAAAUCAUACUAUCCUACUUUAAAAGGGGAUUUUUUAAAUUUUGCUGAUAUACACGAUAGUAAUGCUGCUUAUUGGACCGGUUACUUUACCACAAGACCAUUAUUAAAAAUUUUAUUAAGGCGUCUCCAUGCUACUCUUCGAUCAACAGAAAUUUUAUUCACAUUCACUAUAAAUUUAAAUGCCCUUCGAGGUAACGUAUCUGACAUGUUUGAAAAAUUAGCAAAUGUUAGAGAAAUUGUUGCACGGCUUCAAGAUCGCAACGUUAUAAGUGGAACUUUACCAGCUAACAUGGUUAGAUAUGUUCAGAACCAAAUUUUAGUAGCAGUUAAGGACUGCUGGUAUAUUCAAGAAUAUUCCAUUAGCCUUCUCACUAGCAAAUCUGAUAACAAUGAAAAAUAUGUUUUUAAGUAUGUGUAUAGAGACGGUGAAUUUAUAUCCCCUUUUAAAUCAGUGGCACCUGGUGACUAUCUUUAUGUAUUUAAUUCAUACAAUCACGAGAGAAGUGAGAUAAUAGAAUUAAUAACAAGAAAUCCUAACAUAAGAAUUGUCGAUCACAAUAAGAAAGACAUAAAUAUUCAAAUUAAUCCAUUUUGGAAGUAUGACAGUGAAAGGAAUGUUAUACAAAUAUCUAGACAGUUUUAUAAAAUUAUUUUUGUUAUCAACGUCCCUCCCAUGACGAUAGAAUUAUUUAAAGUUAAAGAGACGUAUGACGUAACUCUUAGUACUUCUACAGUAUAUUGUACGAUGUGUGCUGAAGAACCAUCAACGGAUGGUAGUCAUAACUUUCAGUUUAGCAUUCAGCCUAUAGAAACAGGAGAUAUACAAAUUGAAAAUCAUAAAUUUCGAUUAAUAUUCGACGAAAUUACGGGAUUCCUAAAAACAGUUAUCGAAAAAGAAAAUUUCCGUGAAAAACAAAUUUUAAUGAAUUACGGUGCAUUCAAGAGUUCCGAUAGUAAUUCAGGUAUAUUCUUAUUUAAAGCAAACACCUCAAAUCCUUUAUUCAAUAUUUUUGGUAAACCAAAAAAGAGUACCAAUCCUAAAGUUGUGUUAAUUGUGUCUGGCAACGUCGCCACUGACUUUGUUUCUGUUUACGGUCGACUUUUGCAACACACCGUGCAAAUUAAUAACAUUGCAAAUAGUCCCCUGUCACAUGUGAUACGUGUUGAGAGUAAAAUAGAUUAUGAAGCGUCCCCAAAACAUAGAGAACUAGAAUUGUUCUUGUCUAUUCAAACGGAUAUAAGUAACGGUAAUCCGCCAGAAAUAAUAUUAGAUAAUAAUGGUUUUCAGUAUACACCGCGUAAAUUAAAUUUAAGCAGACCCGUGGAAUCAAAUAUGUUUGUUUUCACUAGUUCAGCAUACAUUCAAGAUGAGACCUACAGAUUAACGUUCAUAACGGAUCACGCUCAAGGAGUCACGGCUUUACAAGAAGGACAAAUACUUGUAAUGCUUGACAGGAGAGUAUUAUUUAAUGAUGGUCGUGGAAUUGAUGAGGGCUUGGCAGAUAGCAGUCCGACGACUCACGUGCACUAUAUUUUAUUAGAAAACUUUAUACAGAAUGAAUCAAAGGACAAUCAAUUAUCAAAACCAACAAUUUCUAUGCCAAGUAUAUUAGCUAUUCAUUUAGCAAACACUCUGAACUACCCGUUAGAUCUUUUUUUCAUAGAUCGCAAUUUAUUUGAUCUAUGUUACUAUGCGUUUUUACCGUUAAUUCAGAGUACUUUUGCAUGCGAUGUAAUAGUCAUUAAUUUUAGGACACUAUCCAAACGGCUUCUGACUUCUAUUCCAAGUACUGCCCUAAUAACAUUGCAUAGACAAAGUUAUUCGUGCCAGAUUUCUUAUUCUGACAUAUUUCAAUGUAAUUCCGAUGAUAGUUUUAAUUUAGAUCAAGUUUUGCAUCACAUUAAAGUUGUUUAUCAAACUAAUUUAGUAGGUACAAGUGAUGGUAUACCUAUUACUAAUAUUAACCUUAUAAAUUUUCCAGCUAUGGAAUUAAUAACAUUAAAAGUCGAGUUUACUUAGGUAA